AUGGCCGCCGUGGCGCUGAGGUCCUGUCGCAGAGGACUUUCACAGAUUUUCACUAAUGGAGGCUUGUCAGCUCUGACCACACCGCUCUUGAAAGUCGACAGGAGACACAAGUCCACAGUUCAACAUGCCUCACGACCAGACCUCCCUAAACUGGCCUAUAGAAGAGUGAAGGGAAAGAGCCCAGGUGUAGUUUUUCUUCCUGGGUAUGGCUCUAACAUGAAUGGUCAAAAGGGGGAGGCACUGGAGGAGUUCUGCAGGUCACUAGGUCAUUCGUGUUUAAGGUUUGAUUACACAGGGCAUGGGGCAUCCGAAGGUGUGCUUGCAGAAGGAACAAUUGGCACGUGGAAAAAAGAUGUUCUAUUUGUAUUGGAUGAGUUAGUAGAAGGUCCUCAGAUACUUGUAGGUUCUAGUAUAGGAGGAUGGCUGAUGUUGCUGGCCGCGAUUGCUCGUCCAGAGAAAACUGCUGCUCUUGUGGGUAUCUCCACUGCUGCUGACCAAAUUGUGACUUCAUUUAACUCUCUUCCACUGGAGACACGAAAAGAGUUUGAAGAAAAAGGAGAGUGGAUGGUACCGACAAAACACUCAGAGGAGGGCUUUUAUAAGUUUAACAUGGACUUUCUACGUGAGGCAGAAAAUCACUGUGUUCUCCAGAGCCCCAUCCCCAUCACCUGCCCUGUCCGUCUGAUUCACGGGCUCAAAGAUGAGGAUGUCCCCUGGCACAUCUCCAUGCAGGUGGCCGAGCGGAUCCUCAGUCCUGAUGUAGAUGUUAUUCUAAGGCGACAGGGCCAACAUCGUAUGUCGGAAAAGGAUGACAUCAAGCUAAUGGUCUACACCAUUGAUGAUCUCAUAGACAAGCUAACCACAAUGGUUUAA